AUGGUGGGUGUGGUCAUUAUCAUUUACAAAAAAUGUGCUUGGCCGUUCUGGACGAAGUUGGUGGUGGUCGCCGUGGGCUUCACUGGCGGAGCGGUGUUCAUGUACAUCCAGUGUCGACAGUACCUGCACCUUUGCAAUAGGUGGCGGGCUCACAAUAGGAUAUUGUUAAUCCAAAAUGCGCCUGAAAAGCUGCCGAUGGCGGGGUCGCCGCCGGUGCGCACCAAGCGGCGCGAGCGCAGCGCGCGAGGGCAAGUCGUGGCUAAUAUUGAGCCGCCGCCGCCGCCGGCUGCGUACCACGAAGAAGACGAGAGCGGCGGCUUCGAAGCGUACCGCGCCGACCCGCAACGGCGGCUGUCGGCGCGCGCGCCGCGACUCCGCGCCGAGCCCGACGAGCGGCGCUACUCCGACACGCGCCUCGUGCAGCCCGUCGCCGUCGCCGUGGAGGAGCCGCCGCCCGCGCACGCCGCCGAGGUCAGUGCGAGCUUGGUACACCAUGCUGUGACGUCAGCACCAGCUGCGCCGAGCCCGACGAGCGGCGCUACUCCGACACGCGCCUCGUGCAGCCCGUCGCCGUCGCCGUGGAGGAGCCGCCGCCCGCGCACGCCGCCGAGGUCAGUGCGAGCUUGGUACACCAUGCUCUGCGCCGAGCCCGACGAGCGGCGCUACUCCGACACGCGCCUCGUGCAGCCCGUCGCCGUCGCCGUGGAGGAGCCGCCGCCCGCGCACGCCGCCGAGGUCAGUGCGAGCUUGGUACACCAUGCUGUGACGUCAGCACCAGCUGCGCCGAGCCCGACGAGCGGCGCUACUCCGACACGCGCCUCGUGCAGCCCGUCGCCGUCGCCGUGGAGGAGCCGCCGCCCGCGCACGCCGCCGAGCUGCGCCGAGCCCGACGAGCGGCGCUACUCCGACACGCGCCUCGUGCAGCCCGUCGCCGUCGCCGUGGAGGAGCCGCCGCCCGCGCACGCCGCCGAGGUCAGUGCGAGCUUGGUACACCAUGCUGUGACGUCAGCACCAGCUGCGCCGAGCCCGACGAGCGGCGCUACUCCGACACGCGCCUCGUGCAGCCCGUCGCCGUCGCCGUGGAGGAGCCGCCGCCCGCGCACGCCGCCGAGCUGCGCCGAGCCCGACGAGCGGCGCUACUCCGACACGCGCCUCGUGCAGCCCGUCGCCGUCGCCGUGGAGGAGCCGCCGCCCGCGCACGCCGCCGAGCCGGGCGUGUACCACAUCAGCGUGGACCCGCUAGAAGCCGACAUCCGCUCGCUGCUGGCACUGGAGGCGCGGCGGGCCGCCCGGGCCGCGCGGUCGCUGCCCAACCUGCGGGCGUCGCGCGAGUCGCUGCUGCCCCCCCCGGGCCCGCCGGCCCCCCCGGGCCCGCCGGCCCCCCCGGCGCACUCGGCCCCCCCCACCAGCUGCGCCGAGCCCGACGAGCGGCGCUACUCCGACACGCGCCUCGUGCAGCCCGUCGCCGUCGCCGUGGAGGAGCCGCCGCCCGCGCACGCCGCCGAGCCGGGCGUGUACCACAUCAGCGUGGACCCGCUAGAAGCCGACAUCCGCUCGCUGCUGGCACUGGAGGCGCGGCGGGCCGCCCGGGCCGCGCGGUCGCUGCCCAACCUGCGGGCGUCGCGCGAGUCGCUGCUGCCCCCCCCGGGCCCGCCGGCCCCCCCGGGCCCGCCGGCCCCCCCGGCGCACUCGGCCCCCCCGCCCGCCUCCUGA